AUGACGCUUCAUUUCUACAUGGUGAAGAUGAAGAGGACAUUAUUGAUUGCAGUCUGGAGUCGAAAAAUUUCUCCCACUGCUGUUAUCUUAGGCACUUCCGGCAAACCAUCAUCAUCAACGGUGAUUGAAACGAAGGCUACUGUGCACAGACCCGCAUCAUCCUUAUCGAUCGAUGAUGGGCGCCGGAGUAGUUUUCUGGUACCGGAGACCCAACAGCUAGAAGAAAGCAGAUUAUGCGAAGUGCCGGAUAAAACGGCCGUUCCCGCUGUUGGUGGUGGUGGUCCGCCAGCAAACGAACUGGACGAUGGCGAUGAUUCGUUUUUCAUUCCGGAAACGCAACAACCGGAAGAUGAGCUGGACCGCAUGUCCGAGAUCAUUGAACCGAUCCUUCCGGCCGCAACGGAAGCGCCCGUUGAGCGGACUGCGGCCGAGGAGGAAUAUUUCCAAAUGACGGCCAAUGACGAUGACAACAGCAAUGACGCGAUGUUCAACAAUAAGUACGUUCAGGAGUCCCAGAACUUGAUGCAAAACAUCGAUGAAUCGUACAAGCACGAUGUUGUUGAGCCGAGAACGUCCAUACUGCCGGAGCGUUCUGUUGAUUCAAUAUCGUUCCAGGAGCACCGCAACACAACGAUGGACAUGAGUGCUAUGGUGUGGAAUGAGAGCAGAAAGGAAUCGGAAAAGGCAGCUAAAUCCGGCGGUGACAAGGCGGUGACUAUGCCCAUUGCCAGUAGCGUACCUGACAAAGUUGAUGACAGAUCCGUUACGCCGGAUCUAAAUUUCGAUGACGAUCCCCUGAAAACGGUGGAAACUCGGUCCUCCGUCACGCCGGACAUACAGUUCAAGGAUGGUCCCGAAGCCACCCGUUCAGCGGAAACGCCGGAGUUGGGCUUUGACGAACCAGAAAAUGAAGAAAUUUCGCUCAACCAAGAGGGUUGCUUCAAACAGCCGAACGAUGUAUCGACCGAAUCGACGAAGGAGGCGAAUGUUUCGCACGUGGAAAACAUUUAUGAAAUGGAAACCCAACCGUUCAGGGUUGAGGACGCUUAUGACCUGUUGACACAGCCUCUACACCUACUGCCUGCAGCCAAGUCUGGUUCUGCUGGAUCACACAAUAGAACAUCAAACCAAAAGGAACAAGAACGGGAACUGGAGCCGUACGAUCUGCAGACGCAACCGCUGAUAAUGGAAAGGAAACCAUCGUUUGUGAAGUCAAUGAGUUUAACUGCUCGCAGCAAAAGCAAGCAAUCGCCCGAGAUUGAUUACGCCAGCAUGCCAACACAGCCUGAAACACCGCCGGAGUUCGCCUCUAACUCGAACCGUUCAUCGUAUGGCACUCGCCGCUCCGCAGAAAAGGCUGCUAAAUCGUUGAACUUUGGCGGCAAUGCAAAGCCAUCCUUAGCAGGCAGGUCGAAGAAUGCAGCAGCUAAAAGUCCCACCCCCGACAUUGACUAUGCAGACCUGCCAACACAGCCAGAAACGCCGCCAGAACCAGCGCUUCGCUCUGGUAUAAUUGAUCGCAUGCCAUCGUCAACGUCGGCCAUACAAAUAGAUGACGAUGAUCUGCUAACACAGCCACUAAGUCCACCGAAAGCAAUGCUAGACACUCCCGCUGUGGAUAGAGAUUGUGACCGAAAGGAUAAAACCUCAGCAUCACGCAAUCCGUACCAUUUGGACACGGAACCUUUGAGCCUCUCGCCUUAUGGGGGAAAAGAAAAGUUGGAGAAGAAAAAAAAGUUAUUUGUGAAGCUAGAGGACAUUAAAAAAUCUCGCCAAAUCUCGAAACCGUGUGAAAAUCCAUAUUUCAUGAGUACCCAACCUAUGCCGAAAGCAGCGGCCGAAAAUGCUUACGAUCUUGACACGCAACUACUCCCAGAGAACGUCACACUGCCGGAGGGCGAAGUCUCGCAAUUUAAUCCACAAAUCAACAGUACCACAGUGCAGCAGCAGCGGGGAAAGCUGAGCAUACAGCAGCAGCAGCAGGCUAUGGAAGUAUCGCCGUCAACGUCAAACAAGGAAAAUCGCACCGCCGAUGCAGAUCGCACUACUGAUGACUCUUCUGGAACGGAUGACGAGUUUGGACUGUCCGAUACCAUCCCGAUCGGUGCACUUUUCAACCGCAAACCAGUAAACGUUGCAACAGCCGCAAGGGAGCUACCGGUGAAGAGUAAGUUUAAGGUACCGCUGUCCAGAACGGAAACGGCAGCGACGCCCAAAGCAAAGCUGCACCGCAAGCGUCACUCUGUGGAAAUGUCCGAAUUUCUCACACCGGAACAUCCAGGGGUGUACCUACCGAAGGUGGAAUGCAUUCGCUCCGUGUCGGAUAGAAUAGCGACGUCAUCGUCACUCGCCAGCAAGAGCAAACCAACGUACCACUUUAACGACAGCAGCAGCAGCAGCAGCGAGGACGAGAGUGUGCGAAAUGUGUUCAAGAAAACGAACGUCAGCGUGGUGUUGGAGAAAGAGCUGGAAAAGGUGCGGGUAGAUGGGGUGUUGAAAAAGCAGGAGAAGCGCACCGCUCGACAGUUACCAAUCCGAUCGGACGAUGAUCAAUCGGAAACAGGCGAAUCAAAGGCGGGGGGCGAUCGCUCGGAUAAAAAACCAGCUUUGCGUGAUGCAGAACCGCUGGAAAGAAAAUCGAGCCGACGUAGGGAAAUGGAAAAGGCAAAGUCUUCUGAGGUGGAAAAGAAAUCCAGCCGAACGGCCGGCAAAAGAGAGGAAGAAAAAGAGGCGAAGGCAAAGGGAAAAGAUGCUGAAUCGGCGGAAAGAACAUCAUCAAGCCGGCGUAGCGAGAUGGAUCAAGACAAAGGUGUUGAAGGGGAAACCAAAUACAAAAGAACAACCGACAGAAAAGAGGAAAAACAGGACCGCUACAAAAAAUCGGAGAAACUGUCGACUAUUUUGGAGAACGAUCGCCGGGAACGAAGACCGGAGAAAGAGAAGGAACUGAAGGAAAAACCAUCUAGCCGACGUAGGGAAGAGGAAAAAGAAAAGGAUUCUGAUAUUGCCAAGAAAGCCAAACGAACUACUACUACCGACAAAAAGGAGCACAAAGAUGACAACAAAAAGUCCCGCCAAUCGGAAAAAUUGGAAGAAAGAUCGGACACUCGAGCGUCUGCCGAACGUGCCAAACCGUCCGAUGAUGAUCGUGUGCGUGUUUCGAAGCGCAUUCGCCAUAAAGCGUACAAAAUGAAGCUGCUGGAAGAAUCGGUAGAUUAUCAAUUGGAAGCGGAGGAUGCGGCUGCUGCCACUGAUGCACGUUCUACCCGAACCACGCGCAAGCGCAAGGACCAAACAUCUACCGAUCGGGAAGAACCGAUCGCUAGAAUAAGUGAAUCGAAGCGAUCGAAAUCUGGCCAUCGUCAGCGUUCCUCGUCCACCUCCUCCACGGUUGCACCGGAGGCGGGCAGAAGGGACCGUCUGCAAAGGGGUAAAAUAGUGGACAUGCCGGAGCUGGCAACUAUCCUGGUGACUGAUCGAAUCAUUCGCACGUACAAGUUCCUGUGCGCGGUGGCCAAAGGAAUCCCCAUCGUUGGUCAGUCGUACCUGGAUGCGUUGCAGCGUUCCGAGGCGAACGAGCAGAUCAAUCCAUGGGAUCACAUACUUUCCGAUCCGGAUACGGAAAAGCGCUACAAAUUUCGUCUACGCGAUACGCUGCUGAAGGCACGGAAGCAUAAGCUGUUUGAAGACUAUACCGUGUUUGUUACAGCCAGCACAAAACCACCACCCUCGGAACUGUUUCUAAUACUUACGUGCGCCGGGGCAAAAGCAUCGAAACAUUGCAACCAACCAUCAGUUGCUGGAGGUAAGGCGUUCGUCAUCUCCGAUCCUGCCGACGCUGCGUCCUGGGCACGGUACAGGGAACGGUUGCCCGGCAUCGAAAUAGUGUCAGCGGAAGGUUUCAUGCUCUCGAUAAUGCAGCAUUCGAAAAAUUUCCAAAAACACCAUCUAAUGUAG